CACGUUAUUUUCCGUCUGAACUGCGGUGAUCGUCAUGGGAAAGGUGAAGGUCUCGGGGCCGUUGUCACGGCGACCAGACAACUCUGCCUUCAAGCAGCAGCGGCUGCCGGCCUGGUCUCCGGCGCUGAGCGCGCACACACUCCUGCCGCUCUUCUACGGCAUCGCCGUGCUGUGUGUGCUGCUGGGCGUCUGGCUGCUCGUCACCGUCCAGAACACACACGAGAUCAAGGUGGAUUACACCAGUUUGGGCACGUGUGAGCGUUGCUACGAGUUACGGAAGUUCCGUGAAAACUCCACAAAAUCAUGCAGCUGUGAGGUGGAGUUUGAAAUCUCAGAAAACUUAACGGGGGACGUGUUCAUCUACUAUGGGCUGAUCAACUUCCACCAGAACCUGCGCCUGUACAUGGACUCCAGAGAUGACACCCAGAUGUUGGGGAGGAAAAAGAACUUACAGGCCCCCAGCUCGUACUGUACGCCAUUUGAUAAAGUGGACGGUGUUCCCAUUGCCCCUUGUGGAGCCAUUGCCAACAGCAAGUUCAACGACUCAUUCAUCCUGCAGUACCACGGCCUGGGCGCCCCCGCCCCCAUUCCUCUCUUCAGGAAGGGCAUCAGCUGGUACACAGACGAGAACGUCAAGUUCCGCAACCCCUCCACCAAUGACACCUUCAGCCUCGCACAGGCCUUUCAGGGCACCGCCCGCCCUGUGUACUGGCAGAAGCCGGUGUAUGAGUUGGACCCGAGCGACCCCAACAACAACGGCUUCAUCAACGAGGACCUGAUCGUGUGGAUGAGGGAGGCGGCCUUCCCCAACUUCAAGAAGCUCUACGGGGUGCUGAACCGCUCACGAGCGCCGUUCAAACAGGGCCUGCCUGCUGGGACGUACAGCAUCCUCAUCCAAUACAACUUCCCUGUGGAGUACUUCCGGGGCAGGAAGGAGUUGGUGGUGUCCACGGUCACCUGGUUUGGGGGCAAGAACCACUUCCUGCCCAUCGCAUACCUGGUGACCGGAGGCCUGGUGCUGAUCACCGCCGCUGCCCUCACCGCCGUCUACCUGAAGGUGGGCAAGGAGGGCAAGAACAUGAAGGAACUGUGAGAGAGAGAGAGAGGGAGAGAGGGAGAGAGGGAGGGAGAGGGAGGGAGAGAGAGGGAGAGAGAGAGAGGGAGA